AUGUUACGAUUCGGUGGAUCCCUCCAGUCCGUUCGCUGUUUGGCCACCGCCACGGCAGCGGCCGUCAAGAAGCCGAGUACUAGUACUGGACCGAAUAUUGUACUUGUUGAUGCUGUUAGGACUCCUUUCGUUAUGUCCGGUACAGUAUUCAAGGACCUCUGGGCGGUAGACCUGCAAAGAGAAGCUUUGAAAGCACUGAUAGCUCGCACUCAAAUUCCUUACAAGGAUAUCGAUCACAUAAUUUGUGGAACUGUGAUUCAAGAGUGCAAAACAAGCAAUGUUGCCAGAGAAGCUGCACUACAAGCCGGGAUUCCUGACAAGAUUCCUGCCCAUACCGUUACAUUAGCCUGUAUUUCUUCGAACGUAGCGAUGACGACUGGCAUGGGUAUGUUGGCAACUGGAAAUGCCAAGGCAAUCAUUGCUGGUGGUGUGGAGCUCCUCUCAGAUGUGCCCAUCAGAUACAAUAGGAAGGCUAGGAAAGCUAUGUUAGCCAUACAAAAGGCGAAGGCUCCAGUCGAUAAACUGAAACUUGGAGGAGAUAUUCUAAAAAACAUGUUCGCGCCUGAAUUACCGGCUGUAGCUGAAUUUUCUACCGGGGAAACUAUGGGACAUAGUGGAGAUCGUCUUGCUGCUGCAUUCAAUGUUUCA